UGGCAGCCAUAAAUAAAUCGGCCGUUCUAGAACUUCGUCGCAAUGAUUCUUGGAAGAAGGUUGUGACAACACUGGAUGGCGAGAUGCUGCAGUUAACCGACCUGUCAAGCGUCAGUCCUGACGACGUAGCAAGAGGCACAGCCGGACUGGCCAAUGAGCAUCAUGCUAGCACAAAUACAGCACACAGACUAGAAGGAAAGGUGCGUAGAGUGCGUAUGAACAAAGAAGGAUCACUAGAAGGGCUGGGUAUUAGCGUGAAAGGCGGAGCUGAAGCUAAUCUUCCCAUCAUCAUCGCAAAAAUCUUUCCCGGACUUGCUGCUGACCGCUGCAACAAGGUCUACGUGGGCGACGAGAUUUUGUCUGUUAACGGACGCUAUUUGGAGGGUUGCAGUCACGACGAGGCGGUGCAGUGUCUCAAAAUGUGUGGAGACGACGUGACGUUGAGUGUGCGUUACGUGAAGGAUACGGGAAAUCUGUUCCGUCAGGCCGCGGGAAUUAACAGUCCAACUGGUGAUGUGGACAUUGGAGGAAAUCUUUAUGCUAAGGAGCCUCCUAGGGUUCAUUCUCCGGAUUCUAUUGUAACAAUUCCUUUGAAAUAUUGCUACAUUGCGAGGGGCGUGACCACAUCUGCUGAUGCUGGACGGGUUAUUGAUGUGUGUUGGCCUGAUGGUAAACUGGCAUGCACGUUGAGAUGCUCAUCGCCUAAACACGCAGAUGACUGGAUUGCUGCUUUACUGAAGAAUGCAGCUCAUCAGCUUUACUAUGCUAUGGAUGAAGCAAAUGAAUACUUUAGCUCUCAUGGCACACAUACUGAGGUUCGACUGAUGGGAUGGCUAACUGAACGACCAUCACCUCCUCAAUCUACCUGGAGUCUCGUCUUUCUGGCUCUCACUGAUCAUAAUGUUUUCAUGUUUAAAGGAAGAGCUCCUACCAAAGAUACAGAUUGGGAUGCACCCACACAUUUGAUUUCAUUAGUGUCAACAAGGGUUGUACGUCGUGCUGUUAAUGAACUGUUGUUUGAUACUCGGACUGGAAGUCGUACUGGUAUAGAAACUCACUCAUUCAGGGCAGAAACAGAUGGAGAAGUGAGUCGAUGGAUGAGGGCUCUGUCCCAGGGCUCACAUAAUGCUGCGGCACUAGUGAAAGAAGUAGAUUGCAACUGUACGUGGAAGGGACAUGGUUGCGUGUUGAAUCUCCACUGGGAAGAUGGCUUCACAUUGUAUGAUGCGAGUCGUCACAGGUCAAACAACAGAGACCUUCUAAGACUUUGGUAUUUCCCAUUUGAAAGACUGAAAGCAUCAGUUGAUGACAACAAAUAUUGUCUUUCACUUGAUUUUGGUGGCAAUGAAGGAAGACAGGAUCUCUAUUUUGAGCAUUCGCCCAAAUACAUUGUUUUCAUUCUACACACUUUCUUGUCCGCUAAAACUGCUCGACUUGGAUUGUACACAUGAUGUCAAUCCCAUUAUGUCCAUGUACACUUCAGUACAUGUACCAUAGUCACAGAAAUGACUGUUGUUGAACUGCGCUGAAAUCAGUGCUGUCGUGUGUAUGCCCUGCUCAGC